AUGUCGGUUGAGGUCGCUGCUGCCUCGUCUAGUGCCCCCGCCGUAACAGCGCUUGGCCUGCGAAAAAAUGGCAAGCAGUGGCACGACCAAAAAACAGCCUUCCGCCCCAAAGCUGGCCUGACGUCCUACGCGAAGCGCACAGAGGAGCGCAAGGCUCUCGCAGCGGUUAAGGCGAAAGAGAAGGAGAUGAGGGACGAAAAGGAAGCCGAGAGACAGAGACGCAUACAAGGGAUCAAGGACAAGCGUGCUGCCAAGGAAGAGAAGGACCGGUAUGAGAAGAUGGCAGAGAAAAUGCACCGCAAGCGGGUUGAACGACUGAAGAGGAGGGAGAAGAGGAAUAAGCUGCUCAAGUCGUGA